AUGGGUGAAUGUGAAAUGUUGGAAGAGAAGAUGGGGAGAUGUGUGUGGGUCACUGGUGCUUUGGCACUUUCAGACAUUUUAGUCAGAUCGCCAUAUGACUAUGGAAUUUGA